AUGCACAAAACAAAAAACUUAUAUAGAUCAACCCGUUUACUUCUCAAAUCAAUGUCGUUCCAUUCAUCACAGGAAACUUUCAUCAAUCCAAAGAGAAAGUCAUUGCAUACCAUUGAAUCAUGUGUGACUAGAUUACUCGUCUCAACAAAACACUUACUAGAGAGUUUAACUCAAUGGGCUAGACAAGAAGCUGAUGAUAAGUUUGUAUCUGAUGCAUAUGUGAAAUUGGGGAAUGACUUUAAAGCAGCAACAAAAGCAUUUACAAACAGUGGAAUUGACACUUCUGAUCUCGGCAAUGUACCUCAAGCGUUGAGGACCAUUUUGGAAGCUGCAUUGAGUGAAGCUCCAUCACAGGAGAAUCUUGAUCGGUUUUUGCCUGAAAUUAGAAACAUUAUUGUUACGCUACUACAGAACUUGAAGGCAAAACAAACUCGUGCAAAGGUGUUAUCACAAGAACGUGAUAGGGAAGCAGAGGAGCAGAGAAUGAGCAGAAGUCAAGCAUCACGAGAACGUGAGCCGGAGCGUGAACUCAAACGUGAGCCGGAACGUGCUAGGGAAGCAACCACUGUGAAUCCCCCUGAGCAACCACGGCUCUCUCAACCAAGAGAGUCUAGAAGAUCUCAAAAUGAUGCAUUGCUCCAACUUCAAAAUGGUGAUGCUAUGCAACGUCGUGCAAGUAAAAGGUUUAGCGCAUACCAGUAUGCUAAACUCACUCAUAAUGCAGUUGACACCUCACCAGCACUUCCUGUACCUAAAUCCCCCAACGUAUCUGCCAACAAUUCGAUGCAAGAAGAGCCGGCUCAGGAAAUAUAUGUGUUGUUGAGGAUAGGUCAAAAGACUAGAAAGUCAAACCUUACCACACCGGUUACACUAGCAUCCAUCCGAUUGGUAUUUGUUGAAAAGUUUGCAUACUCACUUGGCUCAGGUAACUUUCCUGAUAUUUACAUACAGGACCCGCAAACAAAGGUAUUUUACGAGUUGGAGGAACAAUCGCUAAACGAAGUGAAAAAUGGUUCCUUGUUGAGUUUGAAUGAGGAGAGUUCUAACAUUAACCAGUUGAAUAUAAAGUUUGAAACCGUUUUGGAGGCAAUAGAAUCAAUGCGUAAUGAGCUCAAUACUCAAAGUUCGAUUCCCUCGCCUAGUUCAGACUCAGAUGAUAGAAAAGAGAUAACAAGAAUUGAAAAUGAUCUUCGUACUAUUAAACAGAUGAAUAAGAGCUCUACUACUUCGUUUAAGCAAGUGCUUGCAAAUAUCUCCACCCAGUUGAAGAGAUUCCAAGACUCAAAUGUGGAGGCCUCGGAUUCAAACAGAAUGUAUAUGGAAUCGUGCCAUUCUAAAUUAUCUGACGAUUCAGAUGCAUUGUUAACCAAAGUUGACGAUUUACAGGACUUAAUGGAGGAAAUGAGAAAGGACGUUGCCCAAAGAGGUGUACGAGUUGGAGAGAAACAGUUGAAGCAUAUAACCAAGGAAAUUGCCAAUGCAAAGAAAUCACUUGACGAAAUGAGUAGCUUUAUAUCGAAGGAGAAGUCGAUCUGGAAGAAGAUAUGGGAAUCCGAAUUGGAUAAAGUUUGUGAAGAACAACAAUUUUUCAAAUUGCAAGAUGAUUUAACUAGUGAUUUGCAGGAGGAUCUACAAAAGAUUCAAGAGACAUAUGAAUUGAUUGAACAAUGUUCUAUUGAGCAGAGCAAAGGCGCAUCAUCGAAACGUAAUAAGGUCAUGGCUAAUUUGCACAUUCCUGAACCUGGCGAAAGCUUGCACGAUAUUCAAGGACAGGUGUUGGUUGAUAUUGCCCAAUUGAACCCAAAUCAUGAAAGUAGAUUGGAAGCUAUUGAGCGGGCGGAGAAGUUGAGACAACGUGAAAGACAAUUGUCGCAAUUAAACAAGUUUCAAGAAGAGUUGGGCGAUUUUGUUGAAGACAACAGGCUAAAAAAAUCCGGAGGCAUUGAAGAAGUUGAAAAUUUACGAAAGCAACGGGAUCAAGAAAAUUUGAAAAAUUCCUUCGGAAUUGUAUAG